AUGUUAAGAAUUGCCAAAACUGUUAGGGGAAGAGUUCAAAUCUCGAACAUCAAAUCAUUCAAUCACUUAUUAACAACUAGACGUCAUGGUUCAUCGUUUGGUGCAGCAAUAGAAACAGCAGAAAAAAUGGUGCAGCCCAAUGUAUCUUCCAGAUUUGAUCCUUUCUCGAUGGUUUCCGCUGAGAUGGGUGUUUUAGCAAAGCAUAUUGCACAAUUAAUAGGUUCUGGACAUCCUGUACUGAACAGAGUGACUUCUUACUACUUUGAAGCAGAAGGUAAAAAUGUUAGGCCUUUGAUUGUUUUAUUACUUUCCAAGGCACUGGCUGCAAUUCCUGAAGGGGAAAGGACUAGAAUUCAUAUUGAUCAGUAUGAUGUCAAUACACAAACCGAGUUUAAAGGCACACCAAAGGCAUUCUCCUUUGCCGGUGCUAAUCCAUUAGAUUCGAUAUCUCCACUAAGAGUUUUACAUGGUAUCAACCCAAACAUUAUUCUUAACCCAUUGUCUAGACCAAUGCUUGAUCAAGAUGAUUAUGAGAAACUGGAUAAGGUUAAUGGUAUUUUACCAAAACAGAGGAGAUUGGCUGAAAUCACAGAGAUGAUCCACACUGCAUCUUUAUUGCACGAUGAUGUGAUUGACUUUGCCGAUUCCAGAAGAGGAAGAGAUAGUGGUAAUGUUGCAUUCUCAAAUAAAAUGGCAAUUUUGGCAGGUGAUUUCUUACUUGGACGUGCAUCUGUUUGUCUUGGUCGUUUGAGAAACAGUGAAGUUGUUGAGUUGAUGUCAACUGCAAUUGCCAAUUUAGUCGAAGGUGAAUUCAUGCAGUUAAAGAACACUGUUUUACAGCCAGAUGUAAAGAGUAUUGAAAAUGGUGGAGAAGUAAAGAGAAUUCCAGACGCAACGGGUAAAGUUCCAGUACAAGUUCACGAAUACUCUGUUAAUCUAUCCGAACAAUACAAGAUAACACAUAAAGAUAAUGUUCAUGCAGCCUUUGAAUAUUAUUUGCAUAAAACAUAUUUGAAAACAGCAUCUUUAAUGUCAAAAAGUUCGAGAUCGACAGCAAUUUUAGCCGGUUGUGAUGAAAAAAUCAUUGAAAAUGCAUAUCAGUUCGGUAGAAAUUUGGGUCUUUGUUUCCAAAUUGUUGAUGAUAUGUUAGAUUAUACGACAACAGCAGAGCUAUUAGGUAAGCCUGCAGGUGCAGAUUUGAAGUUAGGUUUGGCUACAGCUCCUGUUUUAUACGCAUGGGAAGCGAAGCCAGAAUUAGGUGAAAUGAUUGCUCGUAAAUUCAGCCAGCCUGGUGAUGUUGAAAUUGCCAAAGUUGCUGUAGAUGAAACUAAGGGCGUUGAAAAAACAAGACAGCUGGCAGAGAAAUACAGAGAUGAAGCCUUGUUUAAUUUGAGACAAUUACCUGAGUCAGACGCAAGAAGUGCCUUGGAACUACUGACUAAUUCUGUUUUAACAAGAUCUAAGUGA